AUGGACCUGUUCACAUCUAAGUCAUCAGGAUUGCUUAUGGAUACACACUGCUCCGUGACUACAUUCCCAAACAAUCAGAACAAGUCAUCGUCCCGCCUGAGGGAGGAAGGGGCGCCUCGGCCCCUCCGUGUCCUGCGAGGCGGCAUUCGGCUGGAAGCCUUAGAGAAGCGGGGGACAACUCACCGGCAUGAAACCCAAGCCGGAAGCGCGGCCCCCACACGCCGCCUCCGCACCCGGCCCCCGCCGCCGGAGGAACCCACCACCCCCACACACACUCCGCGGCCCGAGGGGCGGCCGUGCCUGCCCGGGAGCGCCCACUCGGGGCUGGCAGCACUCCGCCCUCCCGUCCCGCUCUGCCCCCCGGCCAGCGCCCGCCCGCCCGCCGCCUCCCCUCAGCCGCCGGCGACCGUUGCCCGCCAACGGCUCCGGCGGCAGCGCCGGGAGAGGGGGCGCCCGGCCGCCCUGGGCCGCGCAGCCUCCCCCCGAACCGGCCUAGCCCACGGACACGGACCUGCGGGGUCGGAGCGCGGCACCCCCUUUGAGGGAACCGGCACAACCGGUGCGGGGGGCUCUCGGCAGUCGCCGCCGCAACUCUACCCCCUCCUCCGCCGCCCAGCCCACCGCUCCCCUCGGACCGACAGCCAGCCCAGCCCCGCGGAACCGCCGCCGGCGGACACAGCGCCGGCCGCGGCGUUAACGCCUCGCCUCGCCUCACCUCACGGCGUGGCCGGUGCCCUGCGGAGCCCAGCGCAGCACAAGCCCGGCCUGAGCCCAUCCCUCCGGGAACCCGCUCAGCGCCGCCUCCCCAUUUGCUUCGGCGGCGGCUCUGCCGCGGAACCUCCGGACCGAGGAGCCGGCAGGCAGGCGAGCCAGCACCUCCUUCCUUCUUUCCCUCCCUCCCCGCCGACACCCGCUCCCCGCGGCCGCCCGUCCCGCUCGCCGCAGCGCCGAGCCCAGCCCCGCCCACGCUCCCGCCCCCGCCGCGGCUCCGCCUCCCGGGGGCGCGCGCAGGCUGCGGCCCAGCGGCUCCCCCCGGCCCCCCGAGGGGGCUCCGCGGCGGGGCGGACCCCGCGGCCCCGGCCGGCCGGGCACCGAGCCACCCUGCGCCGCACCUGCGGGCCGAGGGGCGCUGGCGUGGGCUGGGCUUCGCCGCUCUGCAAGGCCUUCCCCCCCAUCCCCCUCUUCGUUUCUCACCGUCGAGGAGGCUGUUCCGGUAAAGUUGGAGACGCCUCUUUUAAAAAAUGCAGGGUAUCUCCGAAACAUUGCAGUUUCACCACUUUCCGAAGGCUAGAGAAUUACAUGUCAUGGGGCCUGUACAUCACAAACAGGGAAUUAUUACCAGCUCUGGACUCCCAGCUGCACCCAAGCUGCCAGCGCUGUUGUCCUUUCUGCAGAGCCUGGACCUCUCACAGAAGCAGAGCUCCCGGCUGCGACUUUACAUUCAGGCUUCCAGUUACAGCAGCCCCUAGCAGGAGCGAGCCUAGCUUUCACCAGCAUCAUUUGCAGCUCAUCAGCAAUGGGAUCCCUUAUUCCCUGGGUGAACACAGCUCACAGGUGUGGCUGCUGCUGGGCGACUAUUUCAAAGCAUGUCAGCCAGCAUACAGCUUCCAGAGUCUCAAGUGCCAAAAUCCGUUUGCGCCCGAAGCUCACCUGCACUGGUCAGGCCUCCCCUGCUGCCAGUUCAACACUGGUGCCACCUGAUUAAGGACCAGAAAACCCCUGUUUAGAAAGGGGCUCCAGAACAGAGCUGUGAAAUGUGGAGCUUCAUGGGAUCUCAAAGAUGAAAGCAUGAUGCUCAUGUGAAACAAGAUGUCCUACUCCUACAAGGCAAGAAAGCUCUGCAGAACUAAAACAGGUUGUUGAUACCGAAAGGGCAGAAUACAACCAACGUUUGCAUGUGAGCCAGUAAAGAGCAAAGAGUGCAGCUGCAUGAAGUUUUCAUAGCAGAGGAGACUGCCUGGAGAAGGCUGGGAACAGACCUCAUGACAGAACGAGGCUAAAGGAACGGCACUAUGUCCCAGAAAACGUGGGUGCCAGAGACUGCUGCAAGAGAUUGAUGCUAGAAUAUCAUCGCUCUUUACAAAUUCACCCACUGACAGACAGUACCUGGGGAGCUACAGAUACUUAAGCUAAAUCAGAACAGAGUGGAAGAGGAGCUAUACAUCAGCC